AUGGGUUCUUUGGAUUCAACGAUCCCAUUGAAGAAAGGGAGCUUAUUUGGUCCUCAAUCAAGCAAAAAAGAGAAAUCCCCGUUUUCACAGAGGUUUAGAUCGAGCUUCUCUCGCUUGUUAUUCAAGAAGCUAGAUUACGUUCAAUGGAUUUGUGCUGUGGUUGUGUUUCUUUGUCUUGUUGUUGUGUUUCAAAUGUUUCUUCCUGUUUCGGUUGUGGAGGAUUCAGAAGAGUCUUUGAGAGCUGUGACUAUGCGUUCUUGGGAGAGUUCUCGUCACGAUAGUAGAGAGAGAUAUGUGCUGGAUAUUGGUGAAGAUGAAGCUGUUUUUCUGCCGAGGAUUUCGGAGAAGUUUAAGGAUUUGAGUCUGUUGAAUCAUACGGGGGAGCGGUUUGGUUACAGAAAGCCUCAGUUGGGACUGGUAUUUGGAGAACUAGUGGUUGAUUCACAACAAUUGCUAAUAGUAACAAUUGCCACAGCUUUGUUAGAGAUUGGCUACACAAUUCAGGUCUUUUCGCUUAAAGAUGGACCAGGACGUAAUAUGUGGAGAAAUUUAAGAGUUCCGAUCACUAUUAUUCAAACUUGUCACAAGGCAGACCACACUGUAGACUGGCUAAACUACGACGGUAUAAUUGUGAGCUCUCUUGAAGCUAGAGGUGCCUUUUCUUGUUUUUUGCAGGAACCUUUCAAGUCUAUACCUCUUAUAUGGAUUGUUCACAACAAUGCUCUUGGUUACCGUUCAAUACAAUAUACUGCUAGUGGGCAGGUUGAACUUUUGAAUGAUUGGAAAAGAGUUUUCAAUCGUUCAUCCGUGGUUGUCUUUCCAAACUACGCAUUGCCGAUAAUCUACUCCACAUUCGAUGCUGGAAAUUUUUAUGUCAUUCCUGGUUCCCCUGCCGAAGCAUUAGAAGCAGAUGCAUUUAUGGCAUUGCAGAAAGAUAAUUUGCGAAUCAGUAUGGGCUACGGUCCAGAAGACGUCGUUAUCGCAAUUGUGGGCAGUCAAUUUUUGUACAAAGGCAUGUGGUUAGGACACGCCGUUGUUUUGCAGGCUUUGUCACCACUUUUGGCAGACUUCCCUAUAAGCAAAGAUAAUUCUAGUGCGCAACUACGAAUCAUCAUUCAUAGUGGAGAGUUAACAAAUAACUACAGUGUAGCUCUUGAGACCAUGGCACAGAGCUUGAAAUAUCCAAGAGGUACCAUAGAGCAUUUAGCUGGAGAUUUGAAUGCAGAUUCUGUUCUCAGCACAGCGGAUGUUGUGAUAUACGGGUCCUUGCUUGAAGAGCAGUCUUUUCCAGAGAUUUUGAUUAAAGCCAUGUGCUUUGAGAAACCGAUUAUUGCUCCUGAUAUUUCUAUGAUCAGAAAAUAUGUCGAUGACAGGGUGAACGGCUAUCUUUUCCCUAAGGAUAAUAUUAGAGUUCUUAGACAAAUCAUGUUAGAGGUGAUUUUAAAAGGGAAAAUAUCACCCCUGGCUCGGAACAUUGCCUCAAUGGGGAGAAGAACCGCCAAGAACCUUUUGGUUUCCGAAGCAAUUGAUGGAUAUGGAGUUUUACUUCAGAAUAUUCUCAAGCUUCCGUCAGAGGUUACCCCUCCUAAAGCUAUUUCUGAAAUACCCUCUCAUGUUAAAGAAAAGUGGCAGUGGCAUUUGUUUGAAGCAGUUCCGAAUGUGACGUAUCAAAAUAGGGUAUUGAGAAGCAACACAUUUUUAGAUAAAUACGAAGAAUUUUGGAAUCAUUCUCGAAAAAAUAAACCGUCUACUGCUGUUGCUGUUAAUGAUCCAUUCGUAUAUAUCUUAUGGGAAGAUGAAAAGUAUACUCAGAUGGCUAUUACCAAAAAAAGAAUAGAGGAUGAAGAGUUGAAGGAUAGAUCAGAACAAUCACACGGAACAUGGGAAGAAGUAUAUCGAAAUGCAAAGAAAGCUGACAGGUUAAAGAAUGAGUUGCAUGAAAGGGACGACGGAGAGCUUGAGCGUACUGGACAACCAUUAUGCAUUUAUGAACCAUACUCUGGGGAAGGUUCCUGGCCUUUUCUACAUAAAAGAUCUCUAUAUCGCGGAGUUUCUCUGUCCGGCAAAGGUCGAAGGUCAGGGAGAGAUGAUUUUGAUGCAUCUUCUCGUCUUCCAUUGCUUAACAAUGCUUACUAUAGAGAUGUACUCGGUGAAUUUGGAACCUUCUUUGCGAUUGCUAACCGGAUUGAUCGCUUACACAAAAGUGCUUGGAUUGGAUUUCAGUCUUGGAGAGCAACGGCAAGGAAGGCUUCUUUGUCCAGAGCUGCCGAAAAUGCAUUAUUAGAUGCUAUCCAAUCUAAAAGGUAUGGAGAUGCACUAUAUUUCUGGGUGCGGAUGGAUACGGAUUCGCGAAACCCUUUGCAGAAGGACUUUUGGUCUUUUUGCGAUUCCAUUAAUGCAGGAGGUUGCAAACCCGCUUUCUCAGAAGCAAUGCGGAGAAUGUACGGGUUAAAGGAUGACGUGGAUGCUUUGCCACCCAUGCCCGUGGAUGGUGACACUUGGUCUGUCGCGUCGAGUUGGGCUCUACCCACAAGAUCCUUUUUAGAGUUUGUGAUGUUCUCAAGAAUAUUUGUCGAUGCAUUGGACGCACAGAUGUACGAUGAACACCAUUCGACCGGACACUGUCCUUUGAGUUUGUCAAAGGAUAAGCAUUGCUAUUCAAGAAUCCUCGAUCUUCUCGUAAAUGUGUGGGCCUACCACAGUGCAAGAAGGAUGAUAUUUGUGAACCCCGAAAACGGUCUAAUGCAGGAGCAACACGCGUUCAAGAACCGUAGAGGAAAAAUGUGGAUCACAUGGUUCUCAUACAACACACUCAAGAGCAUGGACGAGGACUUAGCAGAGUUAUCAGAUUCUGAGGAUCCUAAUAGACACUGGUUGUGGCCAUCAACUGGUGAAAUUUUUUGGCAAGGUUUAUAUGAGAGGGAGAGAAGUUUAAGAAACAAAGAGAAAGAAAAGAGGAAGCAAAAGAGUUUAGAAAAAUUAACAAGAAUGCGGAAACGACAUCGACAACCAGUAAUCGGGAAAUAUGUUAAGCCUCCACCGGAUUCGGAAGAAAGUUCUAACUCAUCUUUGGUUGCAGUAUAA